ACUGACGUCACAUGUACAGUGGACAGGAAGUGGUGUGUCCUCGCGUUAAUGAUGGUGAGUGGUGGCAUCUUCAUCAAGGUGUGAUGGCGGCCGGACGAGGUGAGUUUUUCCGCAGUUUCUUGGAGGGUUUGGAUAGACAACCUGGCCGGCCGGCUCCGGGUAGACGUCAGCCGGUUCGUGGUAGAGGUAAGCCGGGUUCUGGCGGAGGACAGGCGGGACCGUGUCAAGGACCGGCGGGCGGGAAGAGGAAGAAAAGGCGGCCAAAGGUAGCACCGAACCCGGUUAGCGGGAUGGAUCACAGCUUCCCAGAAGUAAAAACUGAGGAAACCAGAGAACAUUUUACCAAAGUGAAAUCUUCUCCACCAAAGGAAAACUUAGUGGAAAGGCUGCCGUCUGAGAUUCUGAUUAAGAUCCUGUCGUACCUGGACGCGUCCUCGCUGUUCUGCAUCAGCCACGUCAGUAAGCUUUUCCACCAGCUUGCCAAUGACGAUGUCAUGUGGCAUAAGAUUUACGUGUCAGAGUUUGGAGGUCAAACAUGGAAGCCGAAGUCGGUGGACGAUGCUGCGCUGAAGGAGGAUCCGGUGGAGAUGGAGGAUCGUUCAGCAGGUCAUUGGAAGAAGAUGUACUUCAGAACUAUGGCCGGACAAGAGCUGAACAAGUGGAGGAGAGAGCUGAGAGACAUCAGUCCGUACACGGGGCUGCCCAGGCAGACAGAGUGGGUCCUCAGGAACCUGAAUGUGAGCUGGGAGCUGACAGUGUGUGAUUGUUUGGGACGGGAGAGCAGGCUGGAGCAGAGCCGAGCGUACUUCUUCGAGUCGUCUGUGAUCGUCCGUUGGAGCGGAGGCAACUUCCCCAGAUACCAUCAUAUCGGCAACAUCCAGCUGCACGGAGUCAGGAAGGACGCACUGAAGAGCCCCAAAGUCAGGAAGCCUGACUGGCGCUCUCUGAUUUUGAAGCUGGACAUGAAGACUCAUCCUGCUCGUUUCAUUGGAAAAGACAGAUUGAUCAAACUGAUCCUUCUGUCGCCGGGCUUCAUCAUUGGCAUCUGGAGGGGUCAGAGCAGUGUUGCCUUCAUCAUGGUCAGCCUUCACUUCCACAGGCUGGUUGAAAAGAGUCUGCUGGGAUCUCCUGUCUGCCCGUUCUCUGAGCCUGUGGACAGACCGCCUGUGGACAACUCGGACCCUGAGUUUGGGCUGCACGGCUACACUUUGCACUUUGUUCUGCACAACACCGGCACUGAGAUCAUGUCAGGACACUUCCGCCAGCUCUUCUGUCGUACAGUUCAGAUUCGGGAUGGACAGGUGGAGCUGAAGGCCAUCAACAGGACCAACUUGUCCCAGCACAGAUCGCUGUCUGGAAACAUCAAACUGCCCUGGAAGAGCGAGGUGCUGGAGGGCUCAGUGGAGAACUGUUGCAUCAUGACGCUGACUCUGCUGGACGAGUUCCAGAAACCUUUCUGGUGUGUCAGCUCACCCAUUUGCAUCAAAAUGGCGAAGAACCCGCUGUCCUUCGACUACAGCGGUGAGCACUUUCUGAUGGAGUACCGGAACCCCGACGGUCAGGUGAAGAUGAAGCUGGUCUGGUUGAAGGAGCAGAAGCAGUUCUUCCUCAUCAGUCUCACCAUCUAUGUUUCUGUUUUCAAAGUCAACAAGCAUUUUAGCACAGAGUACUGAAGUGGAACUGGACCGCAGUUUAGUUAAUAAUUUUUACAGUUUUGAUGCAGUGUCUUUUUUUCCAGUGUUGAAUCAGUUGUUCAUAAAGUGUCCUACUUUGUAGUUUAUUGUUAAUGUAUUUGUUAUACAAAACAAUUCACAUUCUGUAAGAAUGUAGAAAGAAAAGCUUAUACUGUUGAAGCUUUAUGUGUUGAACUGUUUUCAAUAGACAAAUAGUAUCACUAAUUUAAUUUUGGAAGGAAAGCUUCUUAAAGUCUUUAUUUAUAUUUGGUUCAUAAUACAGCCAGUGUGUCACUGUUGUUUUUUUUCUUUACAUAGUACAAUAUGUAAUGUGUAAAUAUAACAUAAUAGAUCAACUUUAUUUUGAAUUUCAGUAUUUACUGGGUACUCCAUUAAUUUAAAUCAAGAAUUUAAUGUGAUUCAUAAAAUGCUUCAAACAUCUUUUAUUUACAUGCUCGGUAAAUCAUAAAUAUUUUUUCAAAAAUAUUUUGCCCUGUUUCUUGAAAAUGCUUCUCAUUCAUGUGUGAAUAAAAGUUGAAUUACAAUUUAAUGUAACCGCAUUAA